GUCACGUUAGCCCAACCUAGAGAUAAGGCUGUCGUCACCUGUCACAACAUCAAGCGCCAGGACCUACCGAGCUGCUGCACGGGAACAGCAAUUACAGCAACUACAGCAACCACAGCAACCACAGCAACACCAGCAACCACAGCAACACCAGCAUGCCCGGCGCUUCAACGUUUCUACCCCUUCUGCUGCUAAGUGGAGUGUGUUCCGUCGUUUCCCAGGAUGCCGGGACGAGAACGGACAAUGUCUUCCUCGUGGCCUUUUUCCCUGAAUCUGUGGAAAAUCCCAUCUAUGGAUUGAAAAACCACCUAUUCCUAGCGUCACGCGACCCGGGGUCCUGCGCAAUCAGCUACGACGAUGGGAGGAGAAAGACGUCUACAGUACAACUCCCUGGGAAUGAUGUCGUUCCAUUUGACGUAUCGGGAAUGACAGGGGUGCCACACGGAGCCGCUGUCAUCAACAAAGGUAUCCUCGUCAACUGCACGACGCCUAUAUCAGCCUACGCGUACACCUACGGCCACAGUUACGGGUCCUGCGAUGCCUACACGAGUCUUCCCAUCACGUCAGAGUUCACAGACUACAUUGUUCCUUCGGUCAGGAAUAACGCUGUUCUGGGGAUUGUUGCCUUACAAGACGAAACGCGUGUCACUGUAGCCCUAAACAGCACCUGCAACUACAGCCUGAACGGCACAACGUUCACAUCGGGGGACACGAUAUCAACAGACCUCGAGUCGCUGGACGUUCUGUCUCUGUCAGAAGCUGGCUUGGACGGGGACAACUCCCGCACGUGCGACCUAGGUGGAACCCGGGUCACAAGCUCUGCCCCUAUAGCCCUGUACUCAGGGGCCACAAUGUUGAAACUCCUCUAUGACGGCGGCCAUGCUAUGGCUCAAGUGCCCCCCACCAAGUUGUGGAGUCAACACUUCGUCGUUCCCAGUCUCAAGGGCAAGGCCGUGGGGCACGAGCUCCGUGUGACGGCCGACUCUGAUGGAACUAGGGUCAUGUUUACUGUCCCCGGACAAGCGAGGCAGUCCAGCGUGGACUUAGACGCUGGAGAAUAUGUGGACAUGAAAUUUGGCAAAGACGACAACGUCAUCAUCAACAGCAGCAACCCAAUCCAAGUGAUGCAGUUCAUGGAGCACUACUUUAAAUCCUUUGAGAUGGCGAUCCCUGGAACUGAUGCCUUCAAGAACAACUUCAUCGCUACGACAGUCGACAGGAAUGGCGCCAACUACAACAGCUUUGUGAACGUGGUUACUCGACAAGUGUGUAAGAACGACAUCGUCGUGGAGGGAAGUAAGCCUUACACUGUCAGCUGGACAGACCUGGGUACCUCGGGUUUCACGGUGGGGUCGGUGUCCGUUUCCCCGGGGACGAUCCUCGCCCGCAGCAGGGGAGACAACUGCUCCUUCUCAUUGCACGUGUACGGGUACGGAACUCCCUUCGGGGAGUCGUACGGGUACAACGCCGGGUACAUCUGGGAUACGCCUAUCCACCCGACCACCACUGCCACAGAGACCACAACCGCCUUUAUUACACCGCAGCCAAUGGCAUCCACACUAUCUACUCCGAUCCCUACACCACCAACUCCUUCAACAACGACAGCAACUACAACUGUGACAGCACUGAAAACAUCACCAACAAACAGUUUAAGUGCUGGUGCCACAGAGACCACAACCGCCUUAAUAACACCGCAGCCAAUGGCAUCCACACUAUCUACUCCGAUCCCUACACCACCAACUCCUUCAACAACGACGGCAACUACAACUGUGACGGCAUUGAAAACAUCACCAACAAACAGUUUAAGUGCUGGUGAGCUCCUGAAUCAAGCCGUGACCUUCACCUGUAGACCGGGCGGCUGGAUGAUUGACGUUGACCUGGACAAGAUGAAGGCUCUGGUGCCCGACAUCGACCCGAACAUGGUCUUCAUGUCCAAUAACAUGUGCCGCGGAGACUACAACUCUGAACACUCCCUACUCACAUUCAAUUACACCUACAAGGACUGCAACACGGACGUGAAGGAAACGGCGAACAAAAUCAUCUACAAAAACUUCCUUUUUUAUCCGGAAAUGACGUCAAACAGUAACGUGAUCGAAAGCAUCAUUUGGCAGUACGACUUGGAGUGUAACAUGAAAAGGGAUGAGGUAGACAAUCUCGAAUACAAUCCACACGUUGCCAUCAACAUCCACGCCCAUGGAAACAAUGACGUGCACGGCCACGAAGCCAAAAUGGCAUUUUACAACGACAGUAACUUUCAAUAUGAGAUCAAAGGGAAGCCACUCAGCACGAAACUUGGGGCCGAGAUAUUUGUGAAAGUUACCUCCCCUGCUCAUGAAGCGAAUGUCAUGGUCGUGAAAGACUGCUACGCUAUAGCAGCUGAUAACAGCACUGUUAAAUAUCCUCUCAUUGAGGACAGGUGUGUCAAGGACCCACACGCCGCCAUAUUGGACUCCACCAGACACGAGUUCCGCUUUUCCUUCAAGACAGUCGAGUUUCUUGGCGACAACGCGGACGUGGACGUCUCGUGUGAUGUGCACUUCUGCUCCGAUGGUGACAACUCCAUCGACUGCCAGCAAAAGUGUCACUAACCAGACAUUCUAAACAACCUCAUUCGUCUGUACUGCCACUACAGAUGUACGUCCGACA